AUGAGAUCAUCCAUCAAGAUUAAUUCAAUAUCUAUAGAUCUAGCGGGUGCAAAUGAAACUGAUGCGGGCAAAUGCGAUCAUUUCUCCAUACGUGGAUUUGUAGCUGAGAUCCGCGAGAGAGAUCAUAGAAAAUGUUGGCCGUUUUCAGAAGAUAGUGUUGAGUUAAGGAACCACCAAAGCUAUUCUCUUCCCUCUUUAUCUAUUCUAAAGUCCAGAUGGUGGCGUUCCGCGAGCUGCAUCAGAGAUAUCAACGACAAAGAGAUAAAUAAUGACAAUGCUAUCCCAAGUAAAAGAACAUUGAAUUCGCUGACUGUCACUGAUAAGAAAGAAAAGAAAAAUGAUGUCCAGACAGUUACAUUUCUCAAGAAAGUUCGCCGCAGAGCUAAGGAUGCUUCUACUGUUAAGAGCAAGAGUAGCAAACUCGCCAGCAAGAAGAAGGCAAACAUUUCAAUGGAAACAGUUGGAAAGAGAGCCAAGAAGCUGUUAAUGGCAAUCAAGAAGAAUCAUAAGAACAGUCAUGUUUCCAUGGAACGGGAUGAAUGCAGUAAUGUGUCAUCAGAAAGUAGACAUCUUUUUGGUCAUAACCCCGAGUGUAUGACUGGGUUGCAUCGUAGGAAAUCUUGGAAGAUUCGUCUACUCAGCGAGUUCUUAAGUAAUAGAAACAAUGAAACUCCGUCGAAAAAGGGAUCAGUUAGAGGAAGAAAAAAAAAGUCUUCUGGAGAUGAAGAGUGCAUACCUUCUGAGAUGACCAAUUACGCAACCCGGAUAUUAAGCACAAUUGGCAAAACUUCUGAAAACGCUUCCAAGAGUUGUGACUCUGAAGAUAAUACUGUUUCUGGCGCAGAGUCGAGACCAAUUGUCGAGAGCCAAUCCACUGACAGCGGAUUUGACAAAGAUCCUAUCAAGGGAAAGCAGAGAAACAAAAGAUUUCAGGUUGUUGACGAGCGUUUUCCCGAAAGUUCACAAAAGGAUACAUAUGACAAUAUCAGUCCUGUUCACUAUUCAUUUGAUGGGAAAGAGUUGGUUCCUUGUCCUCUGCAUAUUCAGAGAACAGAGAGAGAGCUCAUAACAAUGUGGAUGAUGGAAAUCUGGUGA